UCUGCCCACUUGGCACCAGCGCAUGGAUCUCCAUAAGAAGGAAAGGAACAGCAUGUUCCCUGCAGAACCCACAUUAUUUCCCUGCCUAACGUUUGCUGCUCCUGGAGAUAAAACUUGAAGCAUCUGGAAAAAACAAGAGCACAGUUUCUCCAGCCUGUAAUACUGGCUCCCCCAGCAGCCCACCGAGCAAGGUCCAUAUACUCCCAAUAUGGCGGACGAAGACCUGAUCUUUCACAUGGAAUACCUGGACAACACCACGCUAAACAAACCAGGUUGUGGGAAUUGCCACGAGGCGGAGAGCGACGAGGAGGAGAAUUAUUACAUCUGUCCGAUUACAGAUGACCCAGCUGGGGACAAAGUUCAUAACUAUUACAGCAACCUGGUCAAAAAUGAGGGUUAUUCCUCCAGCUCUUCUCCCAGGAAUUCCUUCCAUGUUAGGAAUGGGACUCAGCAUUCCCCUAAGGGCAGCGUUCAGACUGACCAUGGACGGGAAGCAUGGAAGCAUGCGAUUGAAAAAGCCAAGCACAUGCCUGACCCCUGGGCUGAAUUUCACCUGGAAGACAUCAAAAUGGAAAAUGCUACCCGCUACAGGUACAAUGCCGUUACUGGAGAAUGGAUCGAAGACGAGGUCUUGAUCAAAAUGGCUGCGCAGCCUUUUGGCCGAGGAGCGAUGCGCGAAUGCUUCCGGACGAAAAAGCUGACCAAUUUCCUCCACAUGCAUAAUUGGAAGGGGGCCUUUAAUUACGUGGCCAAGAGGUACAUCGAGACGGUCAGCCGGGACGUCUAUUUUGAGGAUGUGCGGCUGCAGAUGGAGGCCAAGUUAUGGGGAGAAGAAUAUAACCGCCAUAAGCCCCCCAAGCAGGUAGAUAUUGUCCAGACCUGCAUAAUUGAAAUGAAGAACAGACCGGGGCGACCUCUUUACCACCUGGAACAUUACAUUGAGGGGAAAUACAUCAAGUACAAUUCGAACUCGGGAUUCGUACGAGACGACAACAUCCGUCUGACCCCGCAGGCCUUCAGUCAUUUCACCUUUGAACGCUCCGGACACCAGCUGAUCAUUGUGGACAUCCAAGGAGUUGGAGACCUGUACACAGAUCCUCAGAUCCAUACUGAGAGCGGCACGGAUUUCGGGGACGGGAAUCUCGGUGUGCGAGGGAUGGCCUUGUUCUUCCAUUCUCACUCCUGCAACCGGAUUUGUCAAAGUAUGAGGCUGAUGCCUUUUGAUCUCUCCUCCAAAGAGAAGGACGCCUUAUUUCGCAGUAGCAAACUACUUGAAUCGGCUCAGACUGUUGUGCGGGGUACGGAAGAGAAGUGUGGCAGUAGCCGGGUGCGAACCGUCUCUGGCAGCCGUCCCCCCCUCCUUUUCCGUCUUUCCGAAAACUCAGGGGAUGAAAGCAUGAGCGACAUGGCAUUCGACUCCUUGCCCUCCUCGCCGUCUUCAGCCACGCCUCACAGCCAAAAGUUGGAGGGCCUUCAUUGGCCUGUCUUUAAUGAAGUCGACAAUUUGGUUCACAAAGACCACGAAGGCCUUGAUAAUCAGCGGGAUUCUGAAAAUGGAGGGGACAGUGGAUGCCCCAGUGAGAAAAGGAGUGAUCACGAAGACAUGGAUCACCGGGAAAAGGGUCAUCUUAACUGCAACCGCAGACAUGAAUCUGAUGAAGACAGCUUGGGAAGUUCUGCUCGGGUCUGCGUGGAGAAAUGGAAUCUCUACAACGCUGCCCGAGUUCACAUUCACAGACCUUCUUGUGUUGCGGUAGAGGUUCAGAGACUCAAUGGCCUGGAGCUGGAGAAGAAGAUUGGGAAGUCCAUCCUUGGAAAGGUUCACCUGGCCAUGGUUCGUUACCACGAAGCUGGCCGAUUUUGCGAAAAGGAUCAAGAGUGGGACCAAGAUUCAGCUCUCUUCCAUCUGGAACAUGCAGCCGAGUGUGGAGAACUGGAAGCCAUCGUGGGGCUGGGCCUCAUGUAUUCUCAGCUACCUCAUCACAUACUUGCAGAAGUCAUUCUACAGGACACAAAGCAAAACAGAACCAAGGGCUUCGAGUAUUUGUGCCGAGCAGCCGAAGCUGGAGACCGUCCUUCCAUGAUUCUUGUCGCGAGAGCUUACGACACAGGCGUGAACCUGGCGCCAGACAGGGAGCAGGAUUGGAAAGAAGCGUUACAUUGGUACGACAAAGCUUUGAACAUGACCGAUUACGACGAAGGGGGCGAGUACGACGGCACUCAGGAUGAACCUCGUUAUCUCCUCCUUGCCAAAGAGGCAGAGAUGCUGAUGACAGGAGGAUUUCAUUUGGACCAGGAUCUGCAGAGAUCAGGAGAGCUUUUCACGGAAGCUGCUGAAGACGCCAUGCAAGCGAUGAAGGGCCGACUAGCCAACCAAUAUUAUCAGAAAGCUGAAGAGGUUUGGGCCAUGAUGGAAGAAUGAAACACCGCAAAAGAACCCCCUUCCUUUAUAUAUUUCGAUACAGAGACCCUUUUUUUUAAUUUAAAAAAGAAAAAAAAAAACACAACAUAUUUUGUUCCGAAGCUGUAUGGAGAACCAAGAGAGAGAGAGAGAGUGAGAGACAAUUUUUAUAUAUCCUGUGAACGGAUCUUCUCUUUAAUGUGUGAUCUUUUUUUUAAACUUCGUAUUGGGAUCUGAUUUGGCAGACCCUAAAUCUUCCGUCUUUGUGGUGGAAUGCAAGUUUCCUGAUUCCUCUCUCGAUAUUUUUUUUUUCUUGUGGUGCAAUUUUCCAAGUUUUUUUUUAAACAAAAAAACAAAAAAUUUGGAAGACGUCCUAGAUCCUCCCGGUUUUGCUAGGAGAUCCGUUCUUGUAGAUCUCUCUGCCUGGCUGCUGGCUUCAUUCUCCAGAGUUAUUUCUAUAAAUGAGAUUUAUUUCGUUUUUACAUGUUUAUUUGCUUUACAGUCCAGGAGUGGAUCCCCUCCAGAUGAUUGAAAGUUAAGAUAGCAGUGAGGAUGAUCUAAAUAUCAGAAAGAUUCUUUUCUAAACCCACUGUUUUAAAAGCAGGCAGCAGUCUUUGAGUUAUGGCUUGCCGUUAUGGUCAUAAGUCGUAAAACGGUCAUAAAAGGAGUCACGAUUUUAGGACUUUUUUUCUGCAGCCAUUGUUAACUGCUCUGGGUUUGCUGUGGUGUGGUUUUGGCAAAGUAAACGGUCAUAAAUUGAGAACUACCUGUACAUAUUCUUCUGUUCUAGCUUCAGAGGGUUUACCCCUGCAUUUUUUUCCCCGCUUACAUCCAUCUUGUAAAGGAGGCUUUGCUGUCUUCAUCCUGAGCCAAGAUGAGUUUGCUCUAAAAUGGGGAUUUAAAAUUGCAUUGCUUCAGAGUCCCUGAUUAAUGGAAUUGAUGGCUAGUCCCGCUAAUCUGUAGCAGCAGCUGCUGUUCUGUUUUCAUGUAGGGUGAAUGAACAAUCCGGCACAGCAAACGCCAAUGCAACUCAAACGAUCUUUGAAAAUUAAAUAGUCAAAUCAAAAAUAAAAUGAGUUUACAUUAAGGAAGUUAAUGUAAAUAAGGAAGUUUAGGGAAAUUAAUGUAAAUAAAAUGAGUUUACAUUAGCCUGAUCCUUUAAUCUGGGCCCCUGAUUCUUUUUCUUGACCAUAAUCAAAAUCAUUAUCUGGGUUUCUAAAAUCUAAGCCAGUAUUUCUCAACCUUGGCCACUCUUAAGGUGUGCGGACUUCAACUCCCAGAAUUCCCCAGCCAGCUUGGCCGAUUGUGGAAUUCUGGGAGCUGACGUCCACGCAUCUGCCCUGUUUCCCCUAAAAUAAGAUAUCCCAUGAUAAUAAGACCAAUCGGGCUUUUGAGUGCAUGCGCUAAAAUACCAACACCCCCCCCCCCCCGAAAAUAAGCCCUCACCGAAAAUAUUUAAAUGCAGGUACAGCCGCUCUCCGCCAUUUCCUCUGGUUAGGGUUAGGGAGACAGAGCCAGAAAUCAGGUAAGAUGGCAAGAGGAACCCCGUCGUGCUCCACGUACCCCAAAAUAAUAAGACCUCCCCGAAAAUAAGGCCAAGUGCUUAUUUCGAGGUUCAAAAAAAUAUAAGACAGGGUCUUAUUUUCGGGGAAACACGGUAGUUGAGAAACACUGAUUAUAGACAAUACUAAAAUGGCUUUGAUGAUUUAUGCAUCUCAUUCUAAAACAGAGCAGAACAAAAGCCAGCUUCUAAGCAAGCGGUUGCGCCCAUUUUACAGAUGAGGAAUACUGAGGCUUUUAGAGGAAAGCAUCAAGCAGCAACUUGGUCAAGACUAGAAAUUCUUGGCGAUCGAUUGCAAAUUUCCUAGGAAUCUGCGGGUCUGUCCUGAUUGACCUUUUGCUCUAACCAAACUUGAGUCAUUUUGAGCAACGCCUUACUCAUUAAAGACACUGAGUUCUGCAGCUGAAUCUAAAAAAAACCCAGAUUUUUUGGCUGUCUUAUAGAAUUGUACCCUUUUAAGAAAAUUAGCUGGAAAUUGCUUUAUCUCCUUCCAUGUCCACCGAUGCAGAAACUUUUUUUAGUGAUUAAAAAACAUCUUUAGCAUUCUUUGCUCAUCUCAAACAGAUACUGACCGUUGUAUAAACAGAACCAGAUUCAGCUCACGACAUUUUACUGUUUUUUUCUAAAGUAGUUUAAGUAGUUUUUCUUUUUUUCUGGAUGGCCCUCGCUGCAGCUUUUAAGACUAUUUGCUUGAAUGCCGUUUUAUACCGAUUUUCUUGAUUGUUGAUUGUAUGAUCAAGCUGGAAUUCUGAUAAGAGGAAGCUUGUAUUUCCAAAUAUAACUUUGAUACGGUCUUGGAAUUUUGGAGGUCGGUAGGAAUAUACUUGUAAUAAAUAAGAAUACUUCUGCAGAGAAAAAUUGGUAGAAAUGAAAAAUGGAUAUUGUAUAUCCAGGGAGGGGAGAUAGAAAAAGCCACGUUUCAUAUUGUGUUUUGCAUUUAUUUGAGGGUCAAAUGUUUUUUGCAAUUUUCAAUUUUUUGCUCAGAAGAAUUGCCAACUGAAGAAGAAUUUUGGCUGCUUCUCUAGAGGCAGGUGAGAGGUGUAUGGUUAAUUAAAGGUUUCCUUUUAUUUAGUGUGCAUGUCUACUCUGCCACAUAACAAGCAGUACUUAAAUCUGUAAAUUUUGCUGUCCACAUGGAUCAAGUAAAGUCCUUAUGCCCUCAACUGUAUUGAAUAAGCUUUAAUAAAACAGCUCGUGAACAGGAAGCUUUUGAGUCAAGAUACAAUGGUCCUUAAAAAGCAACAGAAGGGGUAUGGCCAUACUUUUGAUAGGUCAUUUCAACAAGUGCAAACAAGUUCAAAAUAAAAUAAAGCCCAUAACAAACAAACAAAAAAAUUCAACAGUUUGAUGAUGUCAUUGUACAUAUGUAUAAACUCUUCACUUUUUCCAAGACCAAUGAAUAAAACGGGCAAUUUUAGAGGAAAACAAUGUUUAUUUGGAAAUGUCAAAAUUACUGUUUCACUUCUUUUUUUACUUGAAAAAUAGGUUCUGCUGAAGUGUUUAGGAAUGCUUGAAGAGUAUUGCCCAGAGUAGAGUUUGCAAUCUUUACAUUGCAUUCGGCAAGAUCUUAGGACUUCUGCUGGUUUGUCUAUGCAAUUCAUUGUUAACAUGUGCUUCGAUCCGCUUGUGUGAAUGGUUGUUAGAGAAUGCCCCCUAACCACAUUCCCACGGCCAAACUCUUGAAAAGCAGACAAUAAGGUGUUUAAUUUACAUCUUGGACUGUCCACGGUAGCUCGAAAGGACUGAUUUCUUAUCAGUACAGAAUCCCUGCAGAUAGAUAAAAAUCAUGAUCUGCCAGAACUUUCAAACUUUCUCUGUAAGUGUCUUGAUUUCUAUCUAAUUAAAAACAUUUCUGAUUUGGCCUUUGGGGUUGUGUCUGUGAUCCUUAUUCUGGAUCCAAAGAUGGUAGAGAUCACAUUUCUUUUGCUAAAUGUAAGAAGGGAGAAAGUUAUCUGGUUUCGCUUUCCGAUCUCUUACAGACAGGGAUCUGGAAUCGAAUCUACCCUGUUGUUAAUGAACCCAGAUUCCCAGUUGCAGCAGGACCUAGUGUUGAAGGAUGGAGUUGGCGUUUCCAUGGUUCCCUGCCUUGGGUUGUCUUUUGCUUUUCAAUCUGAUUGUCCAUUAAUUCCAUUUCCUUCUGCACCCUGCCUUAGAUGCAUGAUUCUAUUACCUCUCUGUCCAGCAGAAACAUGACAGAUCCUAUCAAGAACAUCGGAUAGAUAAGACGUGUCCUGGAUUUGACUGACAAGCUUCUGCUGAUUUCUAUUUGCUCGACAGAUUGACGAAUCUUAUAAAACCGCGAUGAAUGUAGUAUUUUGAGCAGCGCUACACGCUGGGUUUCUGGCUGCAAGUAAGGAAUAGUAGCAAACAUUAGACGGUGGCUAACAAGCAUUAGAGCAGAUGGGUUGAGCUGGUGGCAUAGAGAGAGUUUUAAAAGAGCUCAAGUCUUGUGAAUUAUGUUUACAUUGCCCUGCAAAAUAAAAAAUGGCAGAAAAUGCUGUGAUAUGUUUUCAAUAAACUUUCUCAAGGA